AUGGCAUCUGCUACCAAAUGGAGUAUUGCUUUGUUGGUGAUCUGUGUCCUUCACUACCGUAAGUUUUUAAUCUUAGUUUGUUUGCCGCUUCCCUUUAUGAUACGUUUAAUACAAAGACAACCUUAAAGUCAGAAUAAGUUUUGUUUGCGAGAGAUUACGCAUUAAUCAGUAACAAAAACUCCAUACAUUAUUCUCUUCGAGCCAUUUAACAAAUUCUUUAUCGUAUAAAAAAUCGAUCAAUCUCAUACUACAGUUAAAUUCCGAAAAAAACAAUUUUUAGAGGUUUAUUAUGGAGACGGAAUAUUUAUCAAAAAGAAACAAAAACCGCAGCAAACUCAGUUAUCAUCCAACUGAAUUAUUUCACAGGAACGGCAGAAAAAACGAGUUCAAAUGUUUAGUUAUUUGUACAGUUGGUCCUUGUACAGUAAUCAGUAGAAAACCUGUUUGACAGGUUGCUGUGCUUUGGUCCAAAUAAAAAUUCAAACAAAUACUCUAACAGAAUUUGAAAGUCUCCAAAAAAAUGACUUUUCCUAACUUUUAUUUAGAGUUUGAAAACAUACUUGCUUGUUGUACAGACAGUGCUGAAGGCUGAAAGUAGACGAAACCGACAUUUCUGGAUGGUGAAUGUCGCUCACCUUAGCAAAGCUGACCUUGUCGAGAAAAGAAAAAAAAUGAGUAUAUAUCAUAUUCAUCAUCAUUUAGUUCAUACAAACUUAGGUUGGCCAAUUUAUUUGCGUGCUCUGAAGCUUUUUCCUUAAAUUGAAGUGCUCUUUAGCAAAUCGAGAAAUUCUUUUGAUAUCUUUUGUCGGAAAAGCGAGGUCGUCUUUGUUAGGCUCAUAGUUUAAAAAGAAAUGAAAAAUGUGGAUUGACACAUAUGUGAGAAUUGGAAACAACGGGGGAAAGUAAAAUUUUGAAGUUAUAGUUGUUUCACAAACUGAUUUUAAUGCUUAAAGUAAGUCAAUAUAUAGUGCACCUCAAAACUACAUUGCCACAAUCAUUCUACACUUUUCAGUUUUCUAAACGUUUAGCUCUUACAAUUUGGCCAGCAAAAAGCUCGAUAGAUCUUUAGGUGAAAAUUAUCGCUGAGUUUUUUUUUUCCAGUGGUACUCGUUGUUUAUAUUUUCCUUCGUUGUACGGGCUCAUCACAGGGGCAAAAAAAAUGGUAUAAUUGCCCAUUUUAACGGAUUUUUACCCUAAAAAGGUCACCUAGAAUUUUCGGGAGCCUUUUUUCUGGCUGAAAUUUUCGGAAAGGUAGAUUUUGAUCCCUAUAAUUUUCGGAUCACUAUACUUUCAGCUAGGAAAUCCGAACAGAUGAAAAAUUUUUAGGGGAUAAAAAUAAGCCUUUAUCUACUGUUUAAAUACUAAAGUACGUUCAACAAUGCUAUGUUUAUGUGGUUUUGAACUAAAUUCUCGUUGGGUGCCCCUGUCAUCAUAAUACAGCACAACUCGCUGAAAUACUUACUUCCAAACUUCACGCCAAAAAAUUUAAUAAGAAACUAUUACGAAGUAGUUUUUAGUUCUUUCGAAGGUACUUAGUCUAUUGUAUCUAUGUGCUUGCGGUUUCACGCAGUUUCACUCCUGCCCAGAGUCUCUUAGAAUUUGGUUAAUAGUCCAAGGUUACGCAGGGAUAGCCCACCUCGGUGUUUAACAGGUUUUUGAUUGUUAUCGAUCUUGUUUUAAUUGGUUUGCCCAUUAAGUGCUGUGCUUUGUAGUAGGCACACUUGGGAUUAAAUCUGACCUUGGAUUAUACCUACAUCAGAGUUCCUGUUUUGGUUUAUAGUCGACCUCCCUCGUCAAAAUAAAUUUAUAUUGGCUAUUACGCACUUGACAUGAUGGACCAUGUAGGUUUGUUAUCACACAUUUUGUUGAGUGGAAGGAAGUGCAUUGUAAUUUGUAGUAAAUGCAUUGAAACUCCCCCGGAAAGCAAGCUAAAACAUGUCUACAGUUAAGCUAUUCACCAUUAGGUUGCCAAAAGUUGGCUCGUUGUGUUAAUUGAAGUUGGCGGUAUCGGUACAGAAAUCUGUAAUUCAAAACUCACGUUCGGGCUUGUCCUGUACAUGCAGCUAGUUUUUUCAGCUAGUUUUACCUUUAUUUUACCGUCUGGUUUCAUUUUGUGUCUGAGUGCAAUUCCCGAAUAUAAGCUUAUAAGAACUUUACGUAGUCUGCCUAGCAAGCGUUUCUGUGCGGUUUAGGAGCGAAGAAUGAGGAACAAGAGUCAAAGACCGCGCGAAAAAUGACACGAGCAAAAGAGCGGGGACGGGGUGAGGAAGAAAGGAAGGAAACCUUCCCCUCCCCCUCCCCUUUCUUUCAUUUUUUGGUUCUCGUUUCAUUUCUCGCGCGGUCAAAACCGAAAGUCCCCUUUUGCUCCGAAACCAAACAGAAACGCUUUUGCUACGCAGGCUAAACUUUACGUCGAGGGAAAGUUUAAUUACUGAUAUUCACAAAAGAAGAGUUAAGCAAGUGGGGAAUAUAGAACGCUUUUCCUCCAACAAACAAUUUGGUUGAGAAUGUGGCGAAUGAAACAGAAAACUUGAAUUCUCGAAAAAAAUUUUCCUGGAUUAAUCGAUCAAUUUGGUUUCAGUUAUUUCUUUAAAUAUCCUGUUGACGGGUUUUCCCUGGAAAAUUUUCACGUUUUUUGAUUUUGAGUUUAGUUUCCAAGAAAAUUUACGUUCUAUUUUUUCUUGUUUCAAGAAUUUUUGAAUUUUGGUAGAAUGGAAGAUGCCUAAGUGACAAAAUAGGUGCAGUUUUUUAAAGGAAACUAGUUACCAUGGUUACCAAAUUUGGCUAAAUUCAGACAGUGAGAGCUGUCCAGGUCACCAAAAUGAGCAAAACAAUGACAAAAUAACUACUCUUAAGUACUGUUUAAAAAAACUCGCAGUCAUAUAUUACCAGGUUUAAAAACUAAAGUGGAAGCCGAUGUUAUUUAAACCCGAUAAUGCACGACUACUAGUUUUUUGAACAACUUCAAUGUCUCUGAUAUAGAUCAACUCAUUUUUGCACUAAUAUUUAGAAUUAGGGUUAUUUUGGUCUAAAAAUUAGACGUUAAGUUUAGCUGGUUCUUUAUCAUAUUUAAAGACACUCAUUAAACCAGUUAGUUUCCUUUUUUUUCUUUAUAAAUUAUUAAUGAGUUUUUGAAGUGGUUUAAAAACAUUGAAAGAAGGUUUGAAAUAACACAGCUUAUACUACUACAUGAGAAAUUUCUGCAAUUUGAUUGGUUUAGAGCAGUGGUAUUUCAGCUUAAUUUGAAAUACCUACAUGUGAAAAUUACAAACCUUUUGCGGGUAGUAGUAUAAACAAAUAAUAGCAUGAUUUGUGCGUGACAUUUGCAUAAACACCACUCGUGAUAUUUCAAAAUUGUCUCAAAUUUCACUCGCCUAACGGCUCGUGAAAUUAUGUAUAACAAUUUUGAAAUAUCACUCGUGGUAUUUAUGCCAAAUAUCACUACAAAUCAUGCCAUUGCCUAUACAAUUACAAGGUUGGGAAAAAUUGGAGAAAAUUAAAACGGAAAUCUUGCAAUCAGGUUUUUCUCAAAGUUCAUUUCUGUUGUUGUCAACUUCACAUACAGCGCUUAGUAGACAUUUGCUUGUUAGGAAGUUGCUGGCAGUGAGUUUGAUUUUAAUAUUUACCAUCAAUAUCGUUACCAAGACAACAUCCUUGCAUCAAUAGCGAGUAUAUAUUUACGUAAUAGCAAAGCUAAACAAAAGAUACAAGACUGUCCACAGUGAGCAGCUAAAAGGCGCGAAUCCACACCGGUUUCCCCCGUUUUACGAAAAUCAGCAGGUUUUCCUAAAUAAAUAAAUUUUUCAUGAAAAAAAAGCUUACCAAGUUAAAAUCUGGCCAAUAUCCCGACUGAAUGGCUUAGAAAUUCACGAAAGGCGACUAUAGGGCGUAAAAAUCAAAAAAAAUUCUUGGGGGUGUAUGUCCCCGAACCCCGCUAGAAGCUUACGCCUUCGGCGCCCGUUUAGGAAAACGGUCAGUAUUUGUCCUAGAUCCACCCCUGAGCUACUUUAAAAGGGUUAGAUAUUGCAGUUCCGCUGUGCUGAAUUCAUUAAUUAGUGUCUUUACCCAUACGCAAAAUACUCCUUUUAGAGUUCUGAAGAAGAUAUAAAACAAAUUUCAUUAGGGAGCACUAGCUAUAAUAUCUUCUUGUUGAUGAAUUUUGAGGGAAAAGCAUCGAAAUUAAACCUGAGAAAGUUGGCCCAACUUUUAAACUGAAGUUUCAACCCAUGUCCAUCCCCAGGGGGGUGGACUCCGCAUAUUAAAGGGGUGGGGAUGCUCGUCGUCUCGCUUAGGGGUGUAAAUCUCAGAUUUUGGUCUCACUCUCAUAUUUAGCCGUGAAGGUCUUGGUCAGGGUUGCACGCGAAAAAAUAUAGAAAUAUAUAUAUUGUCUGUGUUUUAACAUGGUCUCUUUUAGGGGUAAAAAAAAAAAGCUUGGGCCACAACCAGAUCGGUCUCCUUUAGGGGUUUAAUUCAAAACUUCUGAGUAGCAUCCCCACCCCUUUCAUAUGCGGAGUCUCCUCCCCCCGGGGUCCAUCCUUGCCUUCCUUUGGAACAGACUACGGAACAGUUGCAAUACCACAAUAUAGUGCUAAGAAGACUAAACCACUAUUUUCCCUUGAUGCGAAAGACGCGUCUUAGCUUUUUAAGUAAAAUAGCGUGACUUAGCCCAACGAUAUAGAUAGUUUUCAAAGUGACGUCAUCAAAUUGUAAAGUUAAAAUAGCGAGGUUUUACGAAUUCUUAUUUACACUAGGUUGAAGAUAAACAAAAAGUUAAUCUUUGUACAAGUUUCCAUUCCCGUAGCAUGUUUCUUUUCGAAAAUACAGCAAUUUGAACUUCAGAGUUUUCACAGUGCGUAAUAUCAAAUAGGAAUGCUGUCUCGUUGAAAAAAAGCCCCUCCUCUUGAUUUUCAGCAGUACAACCAUUUUAAGUAUUAGAAGAUAUGUUUAUGCGCGCGUAUCCUAGUUCUCUAGCAGAGCGAAUAAAGGUUGGGCGGUGAAACGAGCGCGUCCGAGCAAAAAGGUGUGAUUCAGUGGACUGGGACUCUGCUUAUAGAAAUGUCGCUUGUUUUCGACUUCGGUCAGGGCUUGCGAAGGGCUUGCGAUGUGGUUUGUACAUUAGACACUGCCGCUGUCACUGAAUUAAUGCGGCUUGAUUUGUUUUCUUGCACCUCUUCCUCGUUCCUUUGUGCUGGUACGCCGUCUCCGAGAAGCAAAUGUUGCUAUUUUUUGCGGGAGGUUUAGUUGGAGUAGACAAACAUCUCUUUCAAAGGGUUUCUUUUAUUACUUCCAUGACUCUACCACUGAAUUAUAUUUGCGUUCUGCUACUCUCCAAUGUCGAUGUUAUUCCAAAACAAAAACAACUAAGUACUGUCUAAAACACGAAGGAAAAUCUCAUCCACGUUAUCCAUGGCAAAACUAAAAGACAGCAGAUCGUGUUUCAUAACUAGAUGGCGUGUAUUUUAUAAAUGCGUGCAGCUCGUGCAAGGUGAAAUUAUGCUAAUUUCAAUCACCACCGUUAAUUUUGAGAAAAACAUCUCAUACGUCUUUCUGUUUCUUCGAAACUUCAAAAUUAGUUUUCCCUCAGUUUUUCCUGUUUACCUUGUUUUGUUUUAGAGAGAAAAACGGGGAAAAAACCUUACAACCAACCUCAAUAAAUUUUGUUUACAUGCGGUUGCCCGGGAUUUGUAACGCAUUGAUCGAAUCGCCAUGGCGCGCUGCACCCGAGAAGCAAAGUUUGAAGACGUACAACGCCACUAUAUCAGUAUAUAUCAAUCUAAUUUUUUGUUUUGUUACAUAAAAUUUAUCCCCCUUUAAUAUAUGUAAAACUUGAGGUUAAGAAGUGUUAAGCUUUUGCAAACGAAACGGCGAAAGAUGAUAAGGUGAUAUUUAGUGGAAGGAGGAGGCCUAGGUAUUCAACACUUUCAAAUUAAACUCAAAUUUUGGCAUUAUACGACCAACAAGUUUGACUUAUAGACGUACAGACACAAACAUAUGAAACUGUUUAUUGAUACUGUUAUAAAACGAAUUUAUCUAUUUAACACUGUAGCCUGAAAUUACAGAAAGAAAAUAGGGUUUCCGGUUUGCAAAAAGGAAAAUUUCGCAGCCCUCAAGCGCACCGAAAGCACGGAAAGAGCGCUCGUGCCAGUCCUACUCCGCAUCACACAUUAAAUGAAGAGCCGAGCGCUCGUUUCACCGCCCCUCGAGUGAAAAGAAAGGGCUUUUAAAGAAAAAAUGUUGAUUUCCGGCGGACAUAUUGAAUAUGGCGUCUCCAUACAAAGCUCCACAAAGUUACGUGAAACGUUUCGGCAAAUAACUCAGACACUGUAGGCCACAAAGACCAGCUGAAAAAUUGUUUGUAUACCAGUCUUUUAUAACACUUCAUUUUCUUGGCUUCUUCCAGUGGACGGCUUCCGAUUUAUCUUUUCGUUGCGUGACAGUGAAAACGAUCUAUGGACGACGUGACAUAGACGACGGCAAACCUUGUGUGACAAGCGUGACAAUAAUUUUGUUUGAAGACAACUUCCGCCAAACUUCACAUUCCUUUAAACAGAUCUUUUUGCAGAAGAGCAAAAAGCAUCAAUUUUAAGUGAAUUUCCGGCAAAACGCUCAAGUAAUAGCCCCGUCACUUUUGUCAGUCACAAGCGUUUUGCCGUCCUCUUCUUCCUGCCGUCCUGUCGCGUAAACUCACAAUUAUAACUUUAGAACAGGGGAAUAUACCGCAGGUCUUUGCGGCUUACUGUUUGCCACUCAAGAUGGGUGCGGCAAAAAAGAUCGAGGGAAAAUAUUUACAUUUUAAAUUAGAAGCAAUAUAUCCAUAAAGAGACGCUAUCUAUCUUUUUCUUGUAGCCUUACCAACGCUCUCCUCCUUCAACUGUCGACUGAAUAAGAUGAGCUAUGACGUGAUAAAAGAUGACAUACAAGGGAGGAUUCGUGCUGGAGCGAAGGAUGCACAAUGGCAACUACAACAACUUGAAAAUACGAUGGGAGAGGAGCUAAGAUCAAAAUGCGAAAGUAUUUACUAAAGCCAGCAAUAAUGACAAAUUGCCCUGACUUGCUUAUUGGUUUUAUUCAGUUGACUAUACUAGUGCAAAGCAAUUUCUGCGCGUUUUUAUCGGCUCCCGUAACUCGGAAUAUCCUCGCAGACGUUUUAGUCUCGUCACGCAACGUCCUCUCCAGUUAUGGGGAAGAGCGUUGCGUGAGCAGACGACCAACCGACAUCCACUGUUUCUGGGCGGGAGUCAUAAUGCCGUCUUUUUCGCGGCAGUUUCGGAAGACGAAAUAUAAUCUUAGCGAUAAAUGAAGCUGCUUUUGCUAACAAACGCCAAGAAAAAAAAUAGAAAUUUUGAUUGCCCUUGUUUACUGCCGGUAAAGAGGCAGAAAUUGGUUUGCAACAAGCACUUGAUAAAAUCCCCGAAGUAUUGGUUAAACGUAAACGAUAAUAAAUUUGAUAAAAUGAUGCUAAAUUGAGUGUAAUACCGUAGAAUUCCGAAAAUAAGCCCCUCCAAAUAUAAGCCCCCCAAACUGGUAACGCAAAAAACCAUCGGUUAAAUCGCCCCUCCAAUUAUAAGCCCCCCGGGGGCUUGUACUUGGAAAAUUGCCCUCAAAUACCAAGUAAAACAAAGCAAAAACGCUAAAUUCACUUCCAACCAAAAGGCUAGCCCAAUCGAUGUUGAAACGCAAAUUUCCCUCCAUAGAUAAGCCCCUCCGAAUAUAACCCCUCCAAAAACCAGCCCGUCAAAAGGGACCAUUGAAAAAUAUAAGCCCCGGGGAUUAUUUUCGGAAUUUUACGGUACAGUAUGUUGCCCAGUAUCCGGACGGUACCAGUAUCAGGACACUUGAAACAAAAACUCAAUUUUUGAGGCGCCCUUUUCAGUUCUCGGUAAACGAAGUAUUUCGAAUGAAAGCUGAACAUUUCAGCUUUAAGAUGAAAGUUUUGGCGAUUUGAAAGCUUGCGAAACAGGCGCAGAAGACGCCGUUCUGUUCAGGUGAGUAAACUUUUCAGACUUUUCAUGGCUAAUAUUUACGCUGUUUACUGCGCAGUAAAAUUAGUGCUGCUCAGAAAAGGGAGGCUAAUGUGUAAUAUUUUCAAAGAGACCGUUUUAUUUUUAAAGUGAAGAUACUUAAGGAAGUCAGAUUUCCAGCAAGUUUAUUAAUUCUUCUUCAAAUUCGAUUUGUUUGGAAUAACGGAGGCCAGAAACAUUCACUAAGUUUUGAUGUCAGGUGCCCAGUAUCCGGACAGUUUUUCAUUUGCCGUACAGAAUCGAUGAAUUAGCCGUGUACAUUAUCCGGAUAAGAUUUAUUUCAUAUCAGUAACUAUAAUUAAAGUUUAGGAUAUAUGAUAUAGUCGUAAAAUGUAAUUCUACUCAACUCCGUCUGGAAAUUUUCUUCACUCAUUCAGAGGCGACUUGAUUUCGUGUGCACGGCUUGUUUCGCGUGACUGCAUUUUCUAGCUUUUCCUAUAUAUAACCGAAAGCGUCUGUGUUGAACCUGGAAUUCUCAUACUCUCCCCAGUUGCGACUGCUAGAAUGGGGUCACGGUCUGAAAAAUGUCACAAAGGGAUUGAGAGAUGUGAAAGAAGGAGGAAUUAGUGCUAGAAAAGCAGGCUUAUUGUUAGGUCUGAGCAUAAAGAAAUCAACACUGCAGGUCAGACUAAAUAGGAGAGUGACCUUUGACCGUCGGAUUGAUGUCCCUUCCCCAAGCUUUGUUUAAAAUAAAAAAUGAAGAAAAAAAGUCGUUUGCAGAUUAGCUAAUUGAGCUUGCAAACUGCGGCUUCGGCAUGUCCACGGAUGCCUUCCUUAAAGCAGUGAAAAAAUUCCUAGACAAGGAAGUGAGAAUUAUACCAUUUUUGAAACAGCCGCUCGCGUUCCCCACCAUACCCCAGUCAUUUGUUAUGUUUUAUUUCACGAUGGUAGGUUAAAUUUUUCGAAUCGAUUGUCAGACUACUUUGCAAGAGCAAGAGAAGCUUAUAAGUCGCUUGCCUGUCGAAAUUUAUGUACAAUUACUUUGUUAUUGUUGUGUCCAGAUACUGGGUCAGCUGUCCGGAUACUGAGCAACACAGGAGCUCUGCAAAAACAUUAAUUUCGCGAUGGAAAAAAAGGCAAAAAAGUUAAACUGUCUUUCGUCGUGUUAAGGACUAAAUAGAUUUUCUCUGGGCCAAAUUUCAGAGCUCUUGCGAUUAACAAAGGAAAGUUAUUACAAUCUUAAACUGAAGUGUCCCGAUACUGGGCAACAUACUGUAUAUUAAGUAAAAAGGUAGAAUAGAAAACAUGUAAAUUUUGAAAACAUGGCUGUCAAAACUCGAUUGCCAUGGUAUUAUAUCAUCACUGUUUCGGACGUCCGCUUUGCGGCGACUUUAAAAUGUUGCCAGAUAAGUUUCACGCAAAGUCACUCAGCUAGAAUGGUAAUGAAGUUAUUUAACUUUAACGCGAGGGGUACCUCACAAGACCACCCCCUCUCCCCCACCCGGACUGAAGCGGGUCAGUAGUGGUUUCAUUGUUAACUCUUAAUAUCCAACUCUUCCAGAUAUAAACGAAUGUCAUCAGAAGACAGCUAAGUGCAUUCCAGCCGCUCGCUGCGAAGACACCCGCCUCGCCUACAACUGCAUAUGCAAGGCGGGAUAUCAUGGAAACGGAGACUACUGCGAUCGUAAGUGCUACAUCUAUCGCCCCCAAUUACGGACGUCGGAAUCUGGGAUUUUUUCGCUUGAGGAAUCCAGAAUCUUAGGCUUUGAAAUCUAGAAUUUAGCUCCAGGGAAUCUGGAAUCCGGCUAACGAUUGCAAACCGCAAUAAUGACAAAAUUGCCCUCACAAUCAUGGUUUUUUUUUCUUGCUUAUUGGGUUUAUCGUCGAGAACUCCAUAGACUGAAAAGUUUAGAGCUACAAUUGUACCUGUUAGAAUCCUGAGCUUUGAAAUCCAGAAUUUAGCUCACGGAAUCUGGAAUCCUUCUAACGAUUGCAAACCGGAAUCCAAGUUCCACUGUCAAGGAAUCCAGUACCUGGAAUCUCGGGAAUCCACAGUGUGGAAUCCAGAACCCAAAACUGUCGGCUUGGAUUAACAAACCGCAAUCCAGGUUCCUCUGACAGGGAAUCCGGAAUCCCGACCCCAGUACCUGGAAUCCUGCAUUACAGCUUGGAAUCCAGAAUCCAAGAAUGUCGUGGAUUUCCUUCCAUGGGGAAAAGAUUGAAGUUCACAUUCUUAGGGUUCCAUUUGUCAGAACUGGUCGGCCGGACCAUUGCCCGACCAGUCAGAUUGAAAAUGAUAUCGGCUUUUUCUAAGAGUUUUUCCUGAAAAACCAUCUCCUUGGUGCAUACUAUUUAGGAUUUGACUGAUCUGGCUGGAGAGUUUUGAUUAAAAGGGAAAUUAUCAUUGCGAUGUGAAUGGUCUCGCCGGCCAGUUCUGACAAGUGGAAAGUGCCCUUAGUAGACUCUUAGUUACCCCCUUAUUGAUUGAAUUCAAUACCAUAGCUUUCAAGCACUCGUAUAUUUCCUAAGAUCAGGUGCUAAUCCCCGCAAAGGUCACAUUUUUCCGGCACGUUAGCGUAAUUUUCUUGGCAGGGUGUGCCAGACGAUUAAUGGAGAGGCGGUAAAUAAGCCCUGAUAAUUUAUUCAUUUUAUCACAGGGUCCAGGGGAGAUGUGUUUGUCAUUAGAACAUCAAAGCCCGUCGAAAGACUCUGAAAAAAUGGGUUAUUUUGAUCGCGUUACAGUUUCGUUACACACUCUAUAGACCGCAAACCAAGAGACUGAGGGCUCGCAAGAUCGGCUUACAGUCCUUUCUUUUACUCGGCACUUCGUGCCUCGGUCGCCCUUCGGUCACCCUUCGGGCGAGGUGCCAUGCGCCAGCGAGGAUAUGGUUUGCGGUUAUUGAUUUUCAAAAGUCGAUCUGGGUCAGAUAAGAAGCGAAGAAAUCGUUUACAGUAGAUUUAUAAAGAUCCCAUUGGGCUAAUUAAUCAUGCUAAGCGACAGGUAUAGACAUUUUUCAAGGUGAGACUUUAAAUAAGUAAUUCAUUUAUUCACACGAAACUCCUCUAGACCCUGUGAUUAUAUAUCACAAAAGGCAUACUGCUGAUCGCUAAAAAAAAGUAGUUUAGACCGGAAUAAGUUAAUAAGACGGAGUAGAUAAACAAUGACGUAAACUACGAGCAGGCCAUUUUUUCUUAUUUCGCCGUGCGAAACGCGCGAGACACGUAAAUGACCACGGCGUAACUGAAGAAGCCCUCGUUUCUCGUGUCAGGUGACGACGGGAAAGCAAACGAAAAGGACUAAACGCGACCUUCAGUGAGCAAUUUGCUGCUCUGCCAUUGGUCAAGCUAGUUGUUUGAUUUGUGAGCGCCGUCGUCAACUGAAGUUCCCCUUCAGUUGCUAAAUCAACCUAUUACUAUGAUAUAAACUACGAGCACUCUAUUUUUUCCUUAUUCCGUCGUGCGAAACGCGAGAAACACGCAAAUGAGCAAGCGUGUAACCGAACCCUCGUUUCUCGCUUCGCGCGGUGAACGCGCGUGCACUGCCCUCACUAAAUCUGAAGAAUAGGAGAGACUGCAUCUGUAAACAUCUGUAAACCUGAAGAAGGCUGGUAUGGCCAGCCGAAAUAUUGUUAUAUUUAAAAAACAAUUCACGUUGUUCUGAAUGAGCUUUACAGUAGUCUUCGGACUUUCUCGUUCUUGGUUCUUUAUAUUUUCCUUGAUUAGAUCUCUUUUCUAGACUGAGAUCCAAUGUUUACAACUAGCAGAAUCUUCGUCCACGGUUUUUGCAGUUAAUUUAAUCCUUUAUUAGAGAGACUGCUUGCAGUCUAACAAUGAUGAUGCUCGUCUAUGAUGUUUCUGUAAUUUCAGCUAUAAACGAAUGCGCUACAAACCAACAUAACUGCCACAGAGAUGCCAUUUGCCAUGAUAAAACUCCCUUUUUCACUUGCCAAUGUAAACCGGGAUACACGGGAAAUGGAAGGAACUGCAUUGGUAAAUAUAACAUUUGUUUUUUGCUUAAGUACAAUAUACAAUAUUAACGGGGAGACACACACACAAACUAAAACAAAAGAAGGGUAACAAGAUGCAAGAAAAGAUACAAUUUGUCCACAGGUUAUUAAAUACCAGUCUUUAUUAUAUAUAUACUGAUGAAAUACCAGGAUUUUUCCUUUUACUAAAAAAUCAUAUCUUCAUCGCGCGCAGUGAAGAUACUAUUUUUAUCUUUCACGUGUGAGGAUAUUGGUGUCGCCAUGGUUACUAACUUUUUGGAACAAAAAAUAUAAGUAUUAUUGUCUUUAUUUCUCCUUUAUAACUUUAUAUCCGAGUUUCACAAAAUUUUUGUGACAGGCAUUUUCCCAUAGGUGAUCACUUUAACUGCACCAUUUUGCUGUUUCGAAAAUGAAUUUAAAAAAGAGUUAUGUUUUUUGUAGGAAUUUCAUCAGUAUCUAUAAAAUAAACAUAACAUUUAAUUACAUGGCCGCUUGGGGAUACGAAUUUGAUCUUCUCGUGCUGAAAGUAUCGCUCACUCUUUCGCUUCGCUCACUCUUGAGAGAUACUUUCAGCACUAGAAGAUAAAAUUCGUAUCCCCGCACGGCCAUGUAAUAUCCUCUAUAACUUAAACACUAACCAAAAUCUACUGAACAUGCGCAAAGUUGUAUGAGGCUUAAGGCUGAAGGAUUCUCGGUCGCACGAAGGCAUUAAGAUAAGUUUUCUUUUUUUUUUUUUUUUUUGAGAAAAUGUUUAAAGGCUAAGAAACUAAAGGGUUUGCUUCUUCCUUUUGCUGCAACUAUCAGACAAAGAUUGGAAGUGCGGAAGGAACGUUUCUCAGGGAGAUAUCCCUAAAUUUUAACUUUAGGAUAUGAUUAGGCCCUGACUUGGUGUCGAGUUAUGUGCUUUUUACUUCAGCAUAUGUCUCUGCUUUAUAUCUCCUUUCUCCAGCUACGUAAGUAAAAAGGUAUGAUUAUGCUUUUGUUGGGUCUUUUUAGCUAUGGAUGGAUGCGAAAUUAAAGGGCUAAAGUGUCCCCCUGCUCUGAAGUGCGUAAAACAGGGGAACGACCAUGUAUGCGGGUGCAAUAAUGGUUUUAAGGUUGUGGGAGGUGGAAACGCGAGGAAGUGUAAAGGUAAGCAGGAUUACUAUCUGUUUUGAAAUUAGCAAAUCAAAGGGGCACAGGGAUUAGAAUUAGUACGAGCUACGGAAAGAAGAGACCUUUUAACCGACACGGCGGCCAUAUUGAAUUUAUUAUUAGAUUUAGGGAGUAUUAUGGAAUGCCCAGGGGCCACUCGCUCAGUAUUUACGCGCAAUUUUCGGGCAAAAGGAGAACUUCACUGUAUAUUUGUCGGGAAAAAGGCGUUCAUUAUUACAUCCCAACAAGGCACAACGAUCUUUUCUUUGCCAUUACAAUCUUUUUCUGGGAAAACUUUAAGAAAAAUUAAUUGGCCACAAAAGCACGCGUACGUAUACUGAGUGAGUAUAUCGAAUCGUGCUAAUGCCCCCUGGGCAUCCCAUAAUACUCCUUAAAUCUAAUAAAUUCAAUAUGGCCGCCAUAUCGGUAAAAAGGUCUAUUCAAUAAUAAAACUCGAUUACUAUUGUUUUCCAGCAGUGGUGAAACUGAAAAAGGGUAACGUAGCAAAGGGGGCUAAAAAUAUCUGUUUGUUUAUCUUUUUUGUUAUUAUUCAUGAUAUAGUGUUGAUCAUAAAUCAUUAAUCGUAUAUAAUAUGACAAUAACUAAUAAAUACUUUCAUUGCCAUCAUCAUUGUCAUUUUUAUUAUUAUAAUUAUUAGUAAUACUUUUAUUGGUAGAUCAGCUGAUUCGACAAUUUUUCAAAUCAUAUAAUAGUAAAGGCGUAAUUCUCAUUUACUUCGAAAUAGUAUGAGAUAAUGGUUGUUGAGUUUAUCCUCUUACCUGUUUUAUCGGUCUCCGUGUCUUCUGCCUUUUUUCACCGGAACGGAAACUUUGGCAGAUGAGGUAAGUCAUGUUAUUUACCCAGCCUGAAUUUUAAAGUCUUUUUUCCACACAUUCUCCCUGUUUUUAGCAAUGAACGAAUGUGAAAAGAAAGGACUAAACUGCCCCCCUGCCCUGAAGUGCGUGAAGCACAAAAAUAGUUAUGAAUGUGGAUGCAAUCCUGGUUUUAAGGUUGUGGGAACCGGCAACGCAAGGACUUGUAAAGGUACGAUUAUUUUUUAGUGAUUGAAAUGAGUAUGAGCCUGAACUUGGCAAAGAAAUGAAAGGCAAGUAGAGCUAUUUUUGAUUCACCUUAUGUUAACUGUCUGAAACUCAAAACUGGAAAAAUGUGCUUAAAAGUAACAUUUGGAAUUGUACUCAAGUUGGCAGCAUUCUAACAUUCCUAGUCGAUAAGUACAUGCACCAAUGUAUAUAAACCAUUCGCUCCAGUUUACACUCGAGUUGUUCAGUUAGUUUCGUAUUUUCUCGUGUAAUUUAUGGGCCGGUACUUUGACUGCCUUUUUCACCCGUAAAUAAAACAUGGCACCAAUGGGUUGAGUUACGGCGGCUUGUUUUUACUCAGGCUUUUUCUCCCUCUCGCACGGUAUUGGCUAAAAAAUUAACAGGACAUAUCGUUAACAUGAAACCAUUCAAUCUUUUCACUCUGCUCUCAUCAAAUGAGAACGAAUGAACGAGCCAGGUUGAAUUUUAACUUUUUUCAGGGGUUUUAACACCUGCCCAUACACGAGCGCUGCUUUAGCCAAUUCAAUGGCGUCUCGCAUCUAAACUACUGCCACGCAUUCAAGACAUAUAACCACGCCUUUGCCGUACACUGAAUUGAGACAGUUAUGGCCUUUACACUGGGCGGGUCAAAUUGUCGACCGUAGCGGUCGAGUUUGGUGUCCGAAAAUUUCAACGCCUAGGCAUCUUAAUUCAGUUUCGUACGUUUAGCGUGAUAAAUAUAUGACAGAUGUAUUUAAUUAAUGACUAUUUUUUAGCAAUGGAUGAAUGUGAAAAGAAAGGAAGAAUUUGCCCCCCUGCUCUGAAGUGCUUGAAGCAAAAGGAUAAAUCUUAUGCAUGUGAUUGCGAUCCUGGUUAUAAGAUUGUUGGAGAGGGAAACAACUGGACAUGUAAAGGUACGAUUACUGAUUACUCAACUAAUGGAUUCUUAUUUCCAAGACCUUUGAGUACUUUCAUGUGUCAAUGCCGCAGGCAUCUUGAUAUGGUUAUAGCUAGUGGAUCUAUUUACCCUAUAAACCUGUUUCCCUCGCUUCAAGGUCCUUAACUUUAUACUAGGGUAUCUAAAAGAUAGUAAUGCUGCGGCACAUUCUGUUGAUACUGGCAUUAGUUAGGCAGUGAGACUUAAAAGAAUCAAAAAUGACAUUGAAUGUCCUAUUUACAUGUUGGAAAGUACUAGAAUAAUUACUAUCAGUCUAUAGAAAGAACUCGUGGGAACGUUGUUUAGAAAAUGAUCAAGUGGUUAUCAACUCUGGUUGUCCCACAGUAAAUUGUAGGAAAUAAUAGAAAUUCAGAUCGUUUAUCCAUAUAUUUAAUAUACGGUGCACGAUAUUUUCUCUGGAAACACAGUACUUUUCUUGCUGUUUGUUGCACUUUAUUAAGUAACAGUUAUUUAGCUAUAUAUUUAUAGAAAACAACAACACAAAAAACGGAGGAAAAAAAGAAAGAAGGAAUAAAUAACUCAGUAGGAUUCGAACCCGGCACGUUCGACUCGACGCGACUACACUUAACCACUACACCACAGAGACUUUCAUUUUAUUCCCUUUGCAUGAAACUUCCGCCGGCAAGAUGAUCGCCAGCCGCAUUAACCGAGCUAUUAACAGUGAAAAAACAAUGUAAACGCAUAUUCCAUGGCAAUAAAUGAAUGAAAGAACAUAAUUAUGCUUUUCAAAACGCCGAUACACGUCCUCGUCUACAAAGUAGGACACAAAACAUAUGUUUUGUUAUCUCGAUUUCCGCUGUUAUUUUGAAGCGAAUGGUCAAAAUCACAUCCAUUUUCGGCUCAUACAGUUUCUUAAGAAUAGCAUUGCAUGACAUUUUCUCACUUUCACAUCACCUUCUAGCAAGCUGGAAUUUGUAUAUCCCCCGUGUUGCGGAGUCGAAGAGCAAAAAAGGCUCUUAAAUUGAAAUCCAAUCCCCAAGUUAACCAUCGUACUCAUCUGAAAGACUCCUGCGUGUCUUAAAAUUUGGUAAGUCUGAGCAGCGAACGAUGCACUCUCUCACCCACCGAACUUCCCCGUGUUCUAAAAUUUGAGUUGUUCGUGGCGCAAUGCACUCUGGUUAAAUGCAAUGCAUUGUGGUAAAAAGUGUGGUUAAAUGCAAUGCAUUGUGGUAAAAAGUGAUGAAUUCGAGAAUUCGUCGCCGCUUAUAUAUUUUCUUUAAAUCCUGAUUAUGUUGCUGCUCGCUCCCUUCGGUCGCUCCGCAGCAAUUAUAUUAUAUAUUAACCCUUCAGUUCCUUUUCUUUUAUUUUGCACAGUGUGUUGUGUUGGACGUGGCUGCACACAGGCGGCCCAAGCUCAGUGUGUGAGUUUAAUCAUUAACACAUGUAGUUUCAUAUUAGGUAAUUAAAAAUGGCCGUGAAGAUAAAGGAUUUGUAUGGGAAUUCAGGUAAAAGAUUCAAAUCGAUAAAUACUAUUUAAGCGAUUUAAAUCGCAAUGGAUCGGAAAAAUUACCACACAGCAAACAAAAACAAGCAAAGUAAAUACGGUAAGCUGUAUUUUAUUGAACAUUCUAGCGAGUAUUUAUCGAUUUGAAUCUUUUACCUGAAUUCCCAUACAAAUCCUUUAUAUUCACGGCCAUCUUAAAUUACGCAAUAUGAAACUACAUGUGUUAAUGAUUAAACUCACACACUGAGCUUGGGCCGCCUGUGGGCUGCAUUGCAGUUUGUUGGUCGCUCAAUAUCGGUGUUUUUAACUUUUCACAUUUUACUUUGCACUGUAUAUUUGUGUUGGACGUGGCUGCAUUGCAGUUGUUGGUCGCUCAAAAUUGGUACUUUUUCUAACAAUUUAACUAUUGACCAAUUUUAUUUGUUUUUAUGCCUACAACACUCUCAUUUAUAUACACACACCCUCCCUCCCCAACUUACCCACUAUUUUAGUGGAGACUUGGGAACCCUUUCAUUGGGGAUUCCAUACCACACCUGUAAUGCCACAAAGAUUGCUAGAGAGAAACUACUUUUUUUGUUGUUGUUGUUGUUUUUUUCAAAGCAAAUGGAUUCUAACAGACACUUGUUGGCCGGGUAAUGCUCCAUCUCUUAACAAAACAAAUUGGACUGGUUUGGAAGUAUCGAGGCGGUCAAAGUAAAACUGCGUGUACUACUCACGAGUUUUUCUUCAGAUUUUGAUUUUAAAAACACAGUUCAAAUGUGGACAUUUGGGUCCCUAAAAAAACACGCUCCUGGACAAGUCACUGUGAACAGUCAGCAGGGAGGGGACCUGGAUACCAUGCCGAAUGAUCUACUUUUUCAUUCAUUUCAGCCUUGGACGAAUGCGAGAAGGCAGGAAAAGCUUGUCCAUCUGAGCUACUGUGCCUGGAAAACGAGAACGGAACUUUCGCAUGCGGCUGCGACGCUGACUCAAACGUAGUGGGAGAAGGAGACGCGAGGACUUGUCAAGGUAAAAAUUUCAGUCAAUAUAAAGGCCGGCACGAUAUCAGUUUUUUAGCUGAUGAUCUUGCCAGUUUCCGUUAACUGUAAGCUUUUAAAUAGGAUCCUUUGAAAGAAAGUCGUCAAACGGAUUUUGCUAAUUCCCUGCCCAGGCUAGCCCUUGGGAUAUGUGAACUUCACUAUAAAGCUAUUUUUAGACCUAAUUAGACGCUUAAUAAAAUAAAUUAAUGUCCAUGGAAGUUGGUUUCUGGAGAAACUUUUUUUAUUAUUAUUAUUAUUAUUAUUAUUAUUAUUAUUAUUAUUUCUUUUAUCACAGUCUUUGCUGGUGUUCUUUUUGUGCAUCAGCCGGGCGCAAACCAUGCACCUAGAGCGUCAGUCACUCCAGUCAAUCAUUCUUUUCAUACACUGAGUAUUAUUUUUAUUAUUAUUAUUAAGAAGAAAACUCCAGUACUAAACACAACCACUAUUGAUGUAUCACAAGAAGCUCCCAAAGGAGAUGGUCCGUUCCAAUCAACCCUUUCCCAACCUAUGGAAUAGUAAAUAACAUGUAGUUUACCACAACAAGAAAAAAAAUUAAUAUGAAACUGAUAGCUUCUCUCAUUGUCGUAAAACAGAGUUCGCGAUUGGCCAGAGCGUGUUUGCGCUUGAGACUGGGUCCAGGUUGUCUCGCAUUGCGUCAUGGGAUUGCUUUGAGGCACGUUAUCGUUUCUUUAAUCUUACGAGGUUCCCAACAAACUGAACCUGAACUGUUCGUCCUCAAAAAUAGUUUCAUAGUGCAGUUCGAAACAAUACCGCCCUAGUCUUACAACGGUUAUUAAUAUCAUCAUUCCCGCGGCUACAUAGGGAUGGAGACUCCAGUUGAGGUUGGAUUUGACAACGUUUAACUGUUAACUGUUCAACUGAUUAAAAGGGCUCACGGAAGACCGUUGCGUCUACCACUUGAACGUCACUCUCGUAAACUUUAUGGAACGAUCUCAUGGACCUUAUUCUAAUUCAGUAGAUAUCAACGAGUAACUGAUGCAUGUAAUAAAACAAUUUUUUCAGCGUUGGACGACUGCGAAAAAGCAGGAGAUGCUUGUCCAUCUUCACUGCAGUGCCUGGCACAAGAGAACGCAACUUACACAUGUGGCUGCGAGGCUGGUUUAAUGGUAACCGGAGAUGGAGAUGCGAGAACUUGUGAAGGUACAAUUAAUUCUUCAUCAAAGGACUGGGGCUACGUUACGGUAUAUCCAAUGAGGUUUGGCUACCUUAAGCCACAAAGCUGGCAUUUUAAUUAAUACAAUCAAAAGGACGAAAAACGCUUGUUUUGUCUUUCGAAAUGCUACUCAACAAGGCCUCGUAUGUGAAGGCUCCGCGCAAUGUUCAGCCCCUUACCCUUUUAUACAUAAAAAAACUAUACUGCAGACUUUUUCAUAUUUAACACCAUUUCCGCCUCUCCCUCUAUAUUUAUUGCGACGUUCUCCAUCUGCAUUUAAAAAAUAUUAGUAAAAUCUAAAAAACCCAAAAAAGGCUGGUAUAGCCAGCUGAAAUAUCUUUUUUUUUUUCUUUUUUUUUUUGAUAUAAUUCUUUAUUGAAACAAAUUGACAUUAAUACAGCAAAUUAGUUACUUACCUACAUAAUUAUAAUGUUACAACUAAUACUACUAAUACUAAUAAUAUAAUACAACAAAUUAACACUGAUAUUCAAACAAACUAGAAAUGUUUACAAAAUAUAAUGUAAAUAAUAUAUUAAUUACAAACAGAAAGUGGAUGCAUAUUAAAACCUUUAAAUAGUUAAGCAUUUACAAGAGGCGACACUAUCCAUUUAGCUUCGAAGAAAUCCUUUGUUUUUUUACUAUGCAGACUUAUAUAUUUUUCCGUUUCAUAUUUUACAGCAAUUUUCUUUUUAAAUCCAUAUAUAUUCGGAAGAAUUUGACUUCUUCUACAAUCCCACAAGUACAAUUUCCCAAUCAUAAUUAGAUAGUUUAGAAGCGUAGCAGAAGGGGAGUUUUGUCGUAUCAUUCCAACUAAAACAUCUUGCAACGAAAGUCGAAUGUUUUCCUUUAAAAGUUGGUGCCAGAAUACUUCGAAGUCACGCCAGAAAUCUACCGAGAAAGGACAAAGAUAUAGGAAGUGAUAUAGCGUUUCUGGUUCAGAUGAACAAAAUGAGCACGAGUCAUUCAAUUUAAAGCCAAUUUUGUAAAGUUUAGCAUUAGUAUAGAGAAUGGAGUUAAGAAUUUUGUAUUGAAAUGCCUUAACAUAUGCUUCAAGAGCAACACUAUGCGGGAUCAUAAAAAUUUGUUUAACUUCCUCGAGUGUGAAAUGAAAUUCAUUUUGCAGCUUGUUUACAUUAGUUGGAAAGAGAGCCUUUCUGCUUACAAGUAAAGUAUAAUAGUCUUUAGAUUUCUUCUUUGUGACAUCAAAUAUAUUAUCGUCAAUUUUUAGAGAAAGUUCACCUGUUGUUGAUUUAUGAGUACAAAUUUUUAAAAUGGAAGGGAUGGAGUGUCGAAGACCUGCUCAAACUAAAAAAUUAGUUUUAGAAAUCUUGUUAGAAACUAAGGAAAAGGAAUCUUUGUUAUUUAAGUCAAAGGAUAGAUCGCUGAUGUGAACUACACCAGCUUCGAAAUAGCUUUUAUAAUAAACUGUUUUAUUAUUAAUGAGUAUUUGUUUGUUAUUCCAAAGAAUAUAACGCCAGUCCUUUUCUGAAGAGAACGUAUCUCUAAAUUCUGACCACCAUUGCAGUAAUUCUAGAUAGAAUAGAGAAAUAUUCAGUGGAAGGAUACUAACAUCAUAAUUGCAAUGAAACAAGAAAAGGCCGCCAAAGCGUUCUAGAUGAUGUGUCAGAUACCUUUUCCAGGUACCAUCAUUUGAGCUAGCUAUUCUUUUUAGCCAUGCCAAUCGAAGCGAUAUUAUCAUGCUGUCAAAAUCAAUCAUCUUUAAUCCUCCGUUGGAGUAUUCAUUUAUCACCGAUCUGCGUGUGACUUUGUCACGACCAUUCCAUAAGAAUUGAAAUAAUAACUGGUUUAACUGAUUGACAAAUUCUUUUGGGGUAGGUAUUAAAGAUGACACAUAAACAAAUUUCGGGAUUAAUAGAGAUUUGAUAAGUGUAAUUUUGCCAUAAAUAGAAAGUCCCCUAGAGGACCAAAUUCUAGUCAGGUUUUUAAUACUGUCUAAUCUUUCUAUGAAAUUCUUUUCAAGAAGCAAUUUUUGAUCAUACGUGUAAUAAAUUCCUAAAGCCUUUAUCGGUUCGUUAGGCCAUUUAAUUCCAAAAGGCUGUGCUUUGCAGUUCCUUGAAGAACCAUUCCUCAGCUGAAAUUUUGCCUUCGCAGGUCAACUUUUGUUCUUCGGUUAAUUGAGGUAUAUUCAAAUUCUCUAGAAACUUUACAAUGUUCUGACGGGUUUCCGCAUCACUAUUUGAACUUUUGUAUAACUCUCGAUAAAAACGUUUUUGUUCUUGAAGAAUGUCAUAGGGAUCUGUCUUUACGACGCCGCUGAUUACUAGUUUCCUUAUAUGCUUUUUUACAUGAUUUCUUUUUUCUAAGUUAAGGAAAUAUUUGGUACUUUUCUCGCCGUGUUCAUGCCAACGUGCUCGGGCGCGGAUUAUUAUUCCGUUGACUUUUUCAUCAUAAAAUGAUUCGAGCUUAUCCUUAGCCGCAUUUAAAUUGUUGCCAUUCGAAUCAUUGGGAUUCGUUUCGAAAACCUGUUUCGCUUCAUUAUAUUCUUUUUCAAGUUUUGAUCCUCUUUCGUUUCUCUCCUUUGCCUUCUUUUUGGAAUAUUUUAUAGCAUGAGCUCUUAUGUUAUAUUUUAUCCAGUCCCAGAUGUUACGGUGGUCGGAAAGUUCUUUUCGGCCUUCCGUGAUCCAAAUUGGUACCAUUUUUGUAAGGUCAUCAAUGUACUCAUCAUCCUCCAAUAUGGAGGUGUUCAUCUUCCAGAACCCAGGACCCAUAGCCUCUUUGUCCACGUUCCCAAAUUCUAAAUAAAUAGCAGAAUGGUCAGUUCUGAUGGCGGGGAUUAUAUUUGUGGCUUUGACCCAGUCAUGUAAAUUGUUAGCCAGCUGAAAUAUCAUUUGAGAAAGUUUCAAAUACACGUUUGUUUCAACUUUGCGGUAGUCUUUGGACUUUUUGUUAAUUUUAUAUAAACCACUUUUUAUAGAAAAGGUACGCCCUUUCAGUCACGCUUUAAAUCGUGAAAUAAUUAGCCUUUUAUACACCUGAAGCCUGAAAAAGGUACCAUAUAUUGAUAUUUUUGCAUGCUAGUUGAUGACAUUUACGAGUGCAGAAUGCAAGGUGAUGUUUGUCCUCCGACUCUCAAUUGCCUAAAGAAAGAAAAUGGAUCUCACGUUUGUGGUUGCGAGAAGAAGGGCUAUUUUGUUAAAGGAGAUGAUCAGGAACGGACUUGUGAAGGUAUGACUGUUUUUGUCUCAUCUAUCUUCCUCAUGUCAUAGUUUCAAGCUUCGCCCCUUGUAAGAAUUUCCGAGUAGAUUCCGGAAUUCAGGGCUUUGGAAUCUGGAAUACAGCUCAAGGAAUCCCAUAUCCUGCUAACUAUUGGAAUUCAGAAUCCAGAAUCCAGAAUCAAGUUCUACUGACAAUAAAUUAAGAAUCUGGAAUGCACGGUGAGGAAUCCAGAAUUCAAGACGGUCUUGAAUUCCCUUACAUGGGGCGAAAAGUUGUAGACUGGCACCAUGCCCGCGCACGUGAUGCACGCUUAUUACAAUGCAACUUAUAACAUAGGCAUGUAUUUCAGAUGUAGACGAAUGCACUCAAAACCCAUGCGCUAAGGAUGAACAAUGCGUAAACGUGCCAGGAAAGUUUGAAUGCCACUGCAAAGACGGGUACGUCAAAGUUGGAGGAAGCUGCAAGCCUGGUGAGUUUUGCUCCUUGGAUGAUAUAUUUUAUUAACCUUAACACUGUCUUUAAUUUACUAGAAAGAAGACUGCGUCGCCUAGGAAAGACUAGGGAGCUUUAGCAACAAGGACGGCGACGGCUACGAAAACGUCACUUAAAAAGUGAAUUUGCGCUGCCUCAAACUUUAUCGCGCUUAUUCCAUCUCGUUUAAUGUGUCAAAUGUUGGCAAAUUUGAUUGGAGUUGAAUUCUAAAGAACUGCAUCAAAGUUCAGGAAAAAAAAAAGAAAGUUGUUGUCUUUUGCUCCCGUCCUCGACAAAACUUGAAAUUAGGUAGUUUCACGUUGUAGUCGUGCAACGACGGCAGAGAAAUGUACAAAAAAGCGUGAUGCACGUACAAAGUUGUUGUUUUGCUUGUCUAAACCUAUUGCUUUUUUGCUGUUCUAGAUGCCGCCGUUGUCGUCGUUGCGUAAACUCUCUACUAGGGAGCUUUAGCAACGACGACGGCGACGGCACCUUGGACGUCAAAAAAGCAGUAGGUUUAUUACGCAAAACAACAACUUUGCACGUGCAUCACGCUUUUUUGUUCAUUUCUUUACCGACUUUGUACGACUACAACGUGAAAAUUCCUAAUUGCAAGUUUUAUGGAGGACGUACACAAGCGACGACGAAUUUCUUUUUCUCUCUCUAAACUUCAGUGCGGUCCUCAAGGAAUAAACUCCAGGGAAAUUCGUCUACACUUGCCAUUUUCAGCAAAUUGGAAUAAACGCGCCAAAGAUUGAUAAACGGGAAUUCAUUUUAAAACUGACGUUUUCGCUGCCGUUGCCGUCGUCGAUGCUAAAGCUCCCUAUUAAUCGAAUCAGGGAAACGUGAUAAAAACUGGCUAUUGACUUUUUGUACUUUCUAGAUUAAAUAAGUAUGUUUAACCCUUAAGCUCAAUAUAAACAUACAAAUUCUCUAGAUGUUAUAUCUCUACUUAACCUGGUUUACUUUUGACUUAGUAUAAAAUGUCUUCCGUUUUCAUCGUAGCGAGUAAAUGUCUCAAUAUCAAGUGCAAAGCGCAUGAGAGGUGCCAUGACGGAAUAUGCCGAUGCAAAAAGGGAUACAGAAAGUCCAAGGCAACCAAAGGAAAUUGCGUAAAAGGUGAGGAUUGACUGCAACAAACUGCGCUUUACCGAGUCCACCCUUUAACAUACAUACAACAAGUUCCAAGACCCAAUAAGUUCUAGACUCAGUCUCCGACUCGUUGGCCACUUGCGCGACUCCUAUAAUACACCUUCUUUGCCCCAUCCCCCCCCCCAAAACAAAAGCUCCCCUGUUUAUGCAGAAUGUCAUGGGGCAGGCAACGUGUAGUAUUGGAGAUGUGCAAAUGGAUAAAUUUGCAAGAAACUUUUUUUCAUUUCCGACUACAAUAUGACUUAACUUUCUUCUAACCAGCCAACUUACUGUCCUGUGCUAUCGUCUGAUAGUGUGACCUUUGAUUCACAGUUUUUUUUCUCAUUAUUUCUAUAAGCACUCGGAGGUAAAUAUACGUGAUUAAAAAGUUUUUUCUCUUCCAGCCCUUACUUUUAAAGGAGCCUCCCCGCCCCAGUCCUCUUCUGUCAUCAUUUAUGGCGGCGCUGUUGUGAUUGGAUACGUUGGACACCUUUACAGCAUAAGGAACCGCGCCUGCUGUUUACCUUACUGA